UCUCAUGCUCGCCGUCCGACUUCGAGAUUUUAUCACACUUUUUCCAACAUGGCUGCGCUCAGGGGCAAAAUAGUCCCUAAUCGUCUAACGACUUGUUUCUUUAAACAAACGAAUGCGGCCAGUAUUUCCACGUUACCUGCUGCAUGGAGACGGAACGGGUAUGCUGUGCACAGAUCACAUCUUCGCACGAUCAAAGGAAGUGGAGGUUCGUUUGUUCAGCCUCUGCUGGGACGUCACAAUUAUGGACGGUUAUACUUGGUCAGUGCCAUGGCAGUCCACCAAAAUAACACUCAGACAACAGACGGAACUAUACCUGCUACCAGUUCAACAGAAGAUAUCACAGUAUCUGUGCCAGAAACAGCUCCAGAAACUGCUUUAGUAUCUGCUCCAGAAACUACUGCAGAAGCUGCUCAAAUACUUGCCUCAGAAUCUGUUCCAGUAGCUACUUCAGUUUUGGAUACUGCUCCUGAUCUGACCCCAGUAAUCACACAGUCAGUCACAGAAGUGACUGAAGCCCCUGUCCUGGCAAUGGAUGUCCUGCAGGGGGCAGGAGCAGAGCUCAGCCUAUCAGAAUUGGGUCUAGGAAGCUUUACACCUGUAGGCCUGAUUCAGAACUUGUUGGAAUUUAUGCAUGUCGGCAUUGGAUUGCCCUGGUGGGGUGCUAUUGUUGCAGGUACUAUCAUAGCUCGCUGUGCAGUGUUCCCAGUCAUCGUAAAAGGCCAGAGAGAGGCAGCUAAGUUGAACAAUGUCCUACCAGAGAUGACCAAGCUCACCAAUCGCAUGAAUGAGGCCAAGCAGAGUGGCAACAAGUUUGAAUUCUCAAAGGCAUACUCUGAUAUGAUGUUGUUCCAGAAGAAACAUGAUGUUAACCCACUCCGUGGGUUCCUGGUUCCUUUGGUGCAGGCACCAGUCUUUAUUUCAUUCUUCAUUGCCUUGCGCAAGAUGGCCUAUGCCCCUGUGCCCAGCAUGCAGACUGGUGGAUUGUGGUGGUUUGCAGACUUAACUGCAGCAGAUCCAUUUUAUAUCCUUCCAAUUGCUGUCACAGGGACCAUGUUUGCCAUCCUGGAGUUGGGAGCAGAGUCUGGUAUAGACAACCCCAACCUGAGAGCAAUGAAGACUGUCUUCAGAAUUAUGCCAUUUAUCAUCCUACCAAUGACCAUCAACUUCCCUACAGCAGUGUUUACAUACUGGAUGACCUCAAAUCUCUUUUCGCUGGGUCAGGUAGCCCUGCUGAGGCAUCCUGCAGUGAGAGAGAAGCUUAGAAUCCCAGCACGCAUCACUCACCCCACCUCAGCUCUGCCUGCCAGUGAUGGUUUUAUUGAUAGUGUCAGGAAAGGCUGGAAGAAUGCACAACUGGCUCAUCAGCUACAGGAAAGAGAGAGGAGGAUUAAGGACCACCUUGAGAUUGCAGCUAAAGGUCCGCUGAGGCAGACCUUUACCCAAAAUCCCUUGCAGCAGAGAUCUGCAUCCAUGUCAACAGAGAAUUCAUCCAGGCCCAAGCAAGUACAGCAAGGGGGUGGGAAGAAGAGGCCCUGGGAGGAAACGAUUGGUUGAAACCUACUGACCAGAUAAUUUUUAAGUAAAUUUGUAUAUAUUUAUUCAGGAGAGGAAAUAAUAAGCGAUAAGUGAUCACUCUAAAUGUUAACUCCAUUAAAGAGGAAACUGACUGGAUAACAGCUGAUUGUUUGGCUUUUUUGUUUUUUGCUGUAGAGGUCAGUUAAAGGUACAAACAGAGACAUAAUUAGAAGAACCUUUAUUUAAAAUCCAUUGCACAUAAAUAAAUCUGAAGCUUUAAUACAAAUCAUAUCUUCUUUUAAUGGCAGGCUUUGCAUUUUUAAAUAAUUUCACAUUUGAAUACUGCUCUUUGAUAAACUGACCAAAAUAACCCAAUACUUACAGUGCUGGCAUAUAUUAUAGUGGAAAAACUAGCAAAAUAUAAAAUACAUUGAAUUUCAUAUUCCAUUAAAGUAUAAAGUGUGUCCCAAAACAACUUAUAGGGUUACCAAAAUAUUCACAUUUUACUUUGAUUAUAAAUUAUUUUAAAAUUGAUUUAAAAAUGAAACUUUGAUUUCAGGUUUAGCAAAUGCUGUGAAUAAAAUCACAAUUAGAAGUUUUAAUCUUUGGUGGAAACAUGAAAUUUCAUCAAGCAUGUUAAGGACACUGGUGAGAUGUUUCGUAGUCUAUUUGUGUCUAACGUUUUAAAAAAAACAUUACCUUUAGCAAAAUUCCCUUUACAUUGUAGCUCUUUAGUUAUGAGUGCAGAUUGUUUUGUUCUGUUAAACUCCUCAUGAAUAUUAUAAAGAUAUCAAACCUUUGGCAGUAUUUUGAACAUAUUGAUAUACUGACAACUGUAAAGAAUAUUAUCUAAAUCUAUGUCAUAGUCCUGUUUCCCACAAUGUUGUGUAUUUCACUGUUGUUGUAGUGUUAUCAUUGCUAUUGUUCUAAUUGCCGCUGUUGUUUCCUUGUGGGUUUAUAUACUCCCACUUUCUAGUAUAAAACCGCAGACCUCUUUGGUGCCUUCUAUCCUAAAUUUAGGACAUGGACAGUAAGUCCUGAGAAUCCUGAGAACUUGAAAACAAGUGGAAGUCAACAUAUACUAUUUAUAAUAGGAAAUUAACAUUUAUUUUCCCCCCACAGUGAAUGUGUAUUUUUUUUUUUAAAGAAUCAUUCAUAUCUGCAUAAAAUAGUCCCAUAAGAGCUUGUUACAUCAGUCAAAUGACCUACAGUGAUUGACAGUGUUACCCGUCAAUUAUUUUAGCUACAUCAUGGGGAAAUCUCUGUACCAUAAAGCCAUGUCUCUGAGUCCCAUUCUACUGCAUUUUUCCUUCAUCUGUGUCCAUCUCAGUAAGCACACAAAAGCAAACCUUCUGAAUCAGCAAGCCGGAUGAUGC